AAUCGAGAGACCCACAUUCUUCAUCCCGCAAAUACUCAAUACUCUGUUGACACACCAGAAUUCACACAAAACCAGAGCAGGUACUUCAUUUCUAUUUAUUCUGAAUUUCCUGUCUCUUAAGUAUUCUGAAUUUCUCAAAAUUUUAAGAAACAACAAGAUAUUCCCCUUCACUUUGCCUCUUAAUUUCAUCCUCCCUAAGUUUUUUCUGGAGCAAAACCUUGGGGUUCAAUUGGGGCUCAAGUUGAUUUUCAUCUUGACUAGCUAGGUUGUAACAUAUGGAAUCUCAUUGCUUUGCAUACGGAGUGACUGCUGCAGGCUUAUCCUACACUCCAUAUUCUAAUCCUUCCUCAAUCCCCACCGGAUUCGAUCCCCCUUCCCAUUUCUACAACCACUACCAUGAUACUCAACACCAAAUCACCUCCACAGACUCCAAUUACUUCCACCAAUCUCCCUUGGAUCACCACAUACGCCACGCUCUCCACGAGCUCGAGUCUGCUCUAAUGGCCGCCGAUGAUGACGACGACCCUCCACCUACCGACCUCAAACACCUGCUCAUCGCGUGCGCACGAGCGCUCUCGGAGGAUGAGCUGGAUGAAUUCGACAAGCUGCUGGAGCAUGCUCGCGGCCGUGUGUCCAUAACCGGGGCGCCGAUAGAGCGCCUCGGGGCUUACAUGCUGGAAGGCCUAGUAGCAAGGAAGGAGUCCUCCGGCGCCAACAUUUAUCGCGCUUUGAAAUGCCACGAGCCCGAUGGCAACGAUCUGCUAUCCUACAUGCAUACCAUGUAUCAACUCUGCCCCUAUCUCAAGUUCACCUACAUGGCUGCAAACGGCGCCAUAGCCCAAGCUUGCAAGAAUCAUGAUCGCAUCCACAUCAUCGACUUUCAGAUAGCACAGGGCACUCAGUGGACGACUCUGCUGCAAGCGCUUGCAGACCGCCCCGGCGGCGCUCCAACCGUGCGCAUCACCGGGGUGGACGAUCCCGUCUCGAGAUUCGCCCGUGGCGCUGGCCUCGCCGCGUUAGGGGAAAGAUUCGCGGAAAUCUCGAAGAAAUUCAACAUCCGUGUCGAGUUCCAGCCCGUCCCGGCCCUGCGGGCCCAGGACGUGACGAGGGGGAUGCUUGACGUUAGGGCCGGGGAGGCGCUGGCGGUGAACUUCCCGCUGCAGCUCCACCACACACCGGACGAGAGCGUGGACGUGUCCAACCCUAGGGACGGGCUUCUCCGGAUGGUGAAGUCGCUCUCGCCCAAGGUGGUGACUCUCGUGGAGCAGGAGUCGAACACCAACACGGCGGCCUUCCUCCCGAGGUUCGUGGAGACGUUGGAGUACUACACGGCGAUGUUCGAGUCGUUGGACGUGGGGGCAACGAGGGGCAGCAAGGAGAGGAUCGACGUGGAGCAGCAUUGCCUGGCGAGGGAUGUAGUGAACGUGAUAGCGUGCGAGGGGAAGGAGAGGGUGGAGCGACACGAGCUGUUGGGGAAGUGGAGGUCGAGGUUUAUGAUGGCCGGAUUCGAGCAGUGUGCGUUGAGCCCUUAUGUCAAUUCAGUGAUCAGAGGGUUGCUGAGAUGCUACUCGGAGCAUUACAGUUUGGUGGAGAAAGAUGGAGGGAUGCUGUUGGCAUGGAAGACUAGGAAUUUGAUCUCUGCUUCUGCUUGGCAUUAGUACUUGCUUCUGCACAUUUUUGAAUCAUUUUUCGUUUUGGGUUAAUUAUAACUUGUGGCCUCAA